AUUUUGUUCCUUUUACCCUUUUUUACAGAAUUAAUCCAACGUGUAUCUGCUUUGCCCUCUGGUCUUCUCCGAGUUUUUUAUUCGCCGGAGAAGAAUAAGGCUGUUAUCAUUGUUGUUUUGUAUAUUUUAUAGUUGCGGUAAAUUUUAUUUUUGGAGAAGGUGAAGAUGCCAAUCUGUGAGGUGGCAAGGUAUCAAGACGACGAGGAUGCUGCUAAGAACAAUGGGAUCGAGAUUUUCUACAGAACUUAUGGUCACGGACCAGUUAAGGUUCUCAUGAUCAUCGGAUUGGCUGGGACUCACAAUUCGUGGAAUCCGCAAAUCGAGGAGCUCGCCGGAACGGUGACUCCGAACGACGAUGAACCGGCGGCGGGUGAUGGGAGCUCCGGCGAGGUCGCCGGAAACGGAAAGAUUGAAGUUUGUGCUUUCGAUAACCGAGGAGUGGGGUUGAGCUCCGUGCCCAAGAAAAAAUCUGAAUAUACAACGAGAAUUAUGGCAAAAGAUGCAAUAGCUCUGAUGGAUCAUUUAGGUUGGGAAAAAGCACAUGUAUUUGGGCAUUCAAUGGGAGCUAUGAUUGCUUGCAAGCUGGCUGCAAUGGUGCCCAACCGAGUUUUGUCUUUGGCGUUACUAAACGUAACGGGUGGAGGUUUUCAGUGCAUGCCAAAGCUUGAUCGUCGAACUUUGUCAAUUGCUGUCCGUUUUCUGAAGGCCAAGACUCCCGAGCAAAGGGCAGCUGUUGAUCUAGAUACCCAUUAUUCAGAGGAAUUUCUCGAGGAAUGUGUGGGAACGAGUACACGUAGAGCAAUAUUGUAUCAAGAAUAUGUGAAAGCUAUAUCAGCGACGGGAAUGCAGUCUAAUCAUGGAUUGGACGGUCAGAUCAACGCUUGCUGGACGCAUAAAGUGACUCGGAAGGAGUUGGAAUCCAUUUGCUCUGCUGAAUUUCCCAUAUCCGUAAUUCAUGGAAGGGAUGAUGUUAUUGCCCAAUUAUGCCACGCACGAGCGCUUGCAAAAAAAUUAUACCCUUUUGCUAGAAUGGUAGAACUUCAUGGAGGACAUCUCGUGAGCCAUGAAAGGACCGAAGAGGUGAACGAAGCACUUCUUGAGCUGAUCAAGGCUUCGGAAAGCAAUAUUAAUGCAUUAGACUGGACAAAUUUGUCCGUGGAACCUACUGGAUGGAAGAUUACUCGGUUGUCAAUUACUAGACCAAGCGGUUUACCUUUCAUGUUUUAUGUAAUAGACAGGCUCCAAGUGUUCCUCCUGUUCCUUUUUGGCCUAUUUCUACUAGCAUUUGAGCACACAAAAAGAGCAUUAAAGAGAUUAAAACCAGCAAAAACAGUGAGAAUCGGAGCUACCCUCACAUGAAAGCUUACGAGGCACUGGGCAUUUUCUCUAUUUAUCGCCUCUCAGUAACACGGCUAGUCUUAAUUCAAGAAUCUCCUUUUUUGCCUUCUUUUUUCCCCCCAGAUCUACCCAGAUUGAUCCCUACCGACAUAAUUGUAUAACACGACACAAGAGGCCAGAAUGGUAGUAGCAACUAAUGAAAGUACGACUCUCAUGUGAAGGGGCGAUUCGAAGAGAAACAAACAAAGGAGAUGGAUAUGAAGCCCAGCACAAAAUGGGAUGUCUUCUGUGUGUUGUUUGAUGAUACUUGUCACUAUUCUUUGAAGAAAAUCUGUAUUAUAAUAAUUUUCAGUGUCCGAGAAACCUUAAUUUGAAACAUUUUGGCUGUCUAGAACUCCUAGUUAAUGUUCAGAAUGUUGUAUAAUUGGCUGCCUUUCAUUUUAAUGGGAGCCAACAUUAGUAUUAGUAUUCAUGUUUAAAUUAAACAAGUUUGUUAU